AUGAUCAAGGUUCACUUCACGCCGGAAUUCAGCGCCGAUCUCAAAACAGAGUCUGGGGAGCCCACCGCAUUCGAGGCCGUGGUGGCGCAGCUGUGGCGGGCGGCGACGAGGGCUCGCGGGCUCGGCGAACGAAAGACCGCCCACUUGAUGAUCUCGAUCGACGGGCGGAGGCGGACGAGCCCUCCUCUCCCUGGCGAGUACUUCGGCAACCUGGUCCUCUGGGCUGUGCCCCACGCCGCUGCCAGCGAUCUCGUCGCCCAGCCGCUGCGCCACUCGGCGUCAAUAAUUCGCGAAGAGGUCGCCAAGAUCGACUCCCGGUACUUCCAGUCGUUCGUGGACUUCGAGAGCUCAGGGGCGGUGGAGGCGGAGAGGCUGGUACCGGCGGCGGUGAAUGGAGAGGCGGCAAUAUGGCCAGGACUGGACGUGGCGAGCUGGCUGAGGCUGCCAUUCUCCGAGGUGGAUUUCGGCGGAGGGCCCCCGUCCAUGGUGAUGCCGCCUUACGUGGCCAUGGAGGGGCUGGUGGUGAUUUUGCCCGGAGGAGACGGCGGCGUCGACGCGUACGUCAACAUGUUCGACCGAUUCGCUGACGAUUUCCGGCGGUUUUCUCAUUGUUUUUAA